AGUCAAAACAGUUAACAGGAGUUGUGGAUAUCAAAGGAGAGCGUAGGGGUUUGUUUUGUACUAAGUAGAUUUGAAGAUUUUUUUGUUAAGAGCUGAGUUUUGUUUCCCGUUUCCGCAUAUUAUCUCCUGGAUCUCGUAAGUUGCCAAGAUUUGUGGGCACGGUGGAUAGGCCUAACAAGGAAGAACUGGGGGUCUCAGGGAGUAUACGUGCAACAGCUGCAGUGAGGAUCCGUCAGUGAAAAGAACAGUGCCUGCUAGUGGAACCUGCCUAAAAGAGAGCGGCGCCGCGACGGCAGGUGCGACCCCCCGACCCGUGUCCCUUUGAAUACCAGCAGUGCCCUUCCAGGAAUCCCCGCAGUGUCCGUGUCCUCCCGCCGCGGCGCCCCAGAGUGGAAGAUGAAUAACUUGUCCUUUAGUGAACUCUGCUGUCUGUUCUGUUGCCCACCGUGUCCUGGGAAGAUUGCCUCCAAGCUGGCAUUCCUUCCUCCUGACCCGACCUACACAUUGAUAUGUGAUGAAAGUGGCAGCCAUUGGACUUUGCACCUUUCAGAACGGGCAGACUGGCAAUACAGUUCUAGAGAGAAGGAAUCUAUUGAAUGUUUCAUGACUAGGACCAGCCGAGGUAAUCGGAUUGCCUGCAUGUUUGUUCGUUGCUCUCCUAAUGCCAAGUUUACCUUGCUCUUCUCUCAUGGAAAUGCUGUGGACUUGGGACAGAUGAGUAGCUUUUACAUUGGGCUAGGCUCCAGGAUUAACUGUAACAUAUUUUCUUAUGAUUAUUCGGGAUAUGGAGCAAGCUCUGGAAAGCCAUCUGAGAAGAACUUGUAUGCUGAUAUUGAUGCUGCUUGGCAGGCACUCAGAACAAGAUAUGGAAUUCGCCCAGAGAGUGUUAUUAUAUAUGGACAAAGCAUAGGAACAGUGCCAUCUGUGGACCUCGCAGCUCGUUAUGAAAGUGCAGCAGUUGUUCUUCAUUCUCCAUUAACCUCAGGAAUGCGGGUGGCCUUCCCUGACACAAAAAAGACUUAUUGUUUUGAUGCAUUCCCAAAUAUUGACAAGAUCUCAAAGAUUACAUCACCGAUAUUGAUAAUCCAUGGGACUGAAGACGAAGUAAUUGAUUUUUCUCAUGGUCUAGCAUUAUACGAACGCUGUCAAAAGCCAGUGGAGCCACUGUGGGUAGAAGGCGCUGGUCACAAUGAUGUAGAACUUUACGGACAGUAUCUGGAACGAUUAAAACAGUUUGUUUCCCAUGAACUUAUCAGUCUGUAAAACGUAAUCUGGAAUAUUUGGGAUUUUUUUUCCUGUUAGUGGUAGUAUCCAUCGUUUGUAAACUGGGCUGCAGAUCUAAACUGUGGUAAACGUGGAGUAAAACCAGAAGGUUUUUGGCAAAUCGUGUUGGUUGCCUUCACGUUGUACAGGUGAUGGUCUGUGAAAAUCAAUAGCAAUGUUUUUUUAUGUAGAAUUCAAAAAAUGGAAAUACACUACCAUGCAUUCAAGCCAUUGUCAUUUUUGUUCUGUUACAGUUUUAAUAUUUUUUGUUCAUUGUCACAUCUAAACUUUAGAAGUAUCAUAUAAAGUUCUAAUUAUAUAAAUUCAGAAAAGAUGAUUUAAAAUUGUUGCCAAAUGCCUCACCGUACUAGAGGCAAGUUUCUUUAUAUAAAAAAAUUUUUAACAUCUCAAUAUAGAAACUGUGAUUCUUUAGAUGAAAUAUAGUAAUUAAUACAAGGAGGAAGUCUUUCAUGGGACAGAGUUGCGUCAGCUUUCUAAGGACUCAUAAAACAUUAGAGAAACCUGUACUUUUAACAGCAGUAGCACUUAAUGGCUGUCUCAUCAGCACGGUGUUGCAAAUAAACUCUCGAGUAUCAUUUUUAUAAUAUUGUGCCUAAGCAAUUUUACAUAGGACUUGAGCAUGAAGAAUGGUUUUCACACUGUUUACAGUAAAAAAAAAAAAAAAAAAAUAUAUAAAUAUAUAUAUAUAUAUAUAUAUAUAUAUAUUUGGAGGGUUUUGUUAGUUGGGUGGGGGACUAAGUGAACAGUAUGCUGUAAUUGCAUAUAAUGUGUUUUUCAGCAUGUUCUAAUUUUAAGGUUAAACAGAGAAAUGUAAUUUGUCAGUCAUUGUUAUGUGUAAACUAUGUUGUGAUAUUUUUUUUUCUCUUGACUUUGGGCAUUAGCCAUCUCCCUUGGUAUAUAUUUCAUUAAGAUUUAGCUUCGUCCUCCAUCUUAAUUAUAAUUCAAGAAUUUGGUUAGUUUAAUGCUGUCCUUGUACUAAUUCACUGUGCACAUGACUGUAUAUGUAAAAAAAUCCUCCAAAAUUCUACUAUUAAAAUAUGUAUUCCCAGAAA